AUGAUUUCUGAAACAGUAUCAGUUCUAUCCUCGUCAUCAUUAACAUUGUUAUCGUUGUCGGAAUCACUAGUAUCAUCAACAUUAUCCCGAAUAUUGACUAUUAUUUGGAUGAUCCGUGCAACAUUCAUUCUGCUUAUUUCCUACUCUGUUUUAAUUACUCCAGGUCAAGCUGUACUGUCAUAUGAGCCACAAAUAAGUUAUUUCGACGGUGCGAGCUACUUAGACAACUGUAAGUCGAAAUUGGAACGUCGUAUAACUGCUCUGUCCGGUUUACUGAUAUCACAUCAAUUAUAUGGAAGCUUUCCAUACAAUGCGUCCAAGAAUUGUUUUCUGCUGAUAACGGCACCAUCUGGUUAUCGUAUACGCUUACGUGUGCUUGAUUUCAAUGUACUCGGUGAUGCCCACAAUUGUGAUAAGGAUACGCUCCAUGUUUUCGAUCAUGAAAAACCAAUUGAUCCGCAAACUUUACGAGACACAACCCACGAAGACACUUCGCCGGGACCCAUUCUUGGUCAAUUUUGCGGUACUAUCCGAAAUGCUAGUGAGUUGGCUGUUUCAACCGAGAACGCAUUAACGCUAUGGUGGCAUACAGAUGCCGAAUUACCAUUUCAUCAUAAUGGUGAAGGAUUUCGGUUACUUUGGUCCGCAUUUCGGAAAUCCAACAUCGCACCAUGCAAUAUCCAACGGGAAUUCACAUGCAAAAAUCAAGAAUGUAUUGCUGCAGAACUUGCAUGCAAUCGAUAUCCAGACUGCAAGGAUGAAUCCGAUUUAAUACGUGAACUGCAAAUUGCUCACAAAUGCGACUUUUUGACUAAUGACCCGUUGGGUUCAUUAACUGGUUUGACGCUCUUACUUAUCAGUAUGGCUACUGUUAGUUUAUCCGUGUGCCUAUGCAUAUGUGCAUGUAUCUGCUGCAAAUGUAUGAAAAUUCCGGACAAAGUUCGCACUGCUACAACUACAGAAUUACCCAUUGAACGGAUACCAUCCUGUACUGCAACAGAUACCGCCGGAUUGCAACAACCAGCAUCUUCUGGAUGUUAUCCAUUUCCACCACCCAUGCUACCGUUAGUAGUAAGAAAAACUCCGCAAAAAGCUGCUGUGAAUAGGUGGAACUGGACAUCAGCCACAACCCUAGAUCAGAGACAUGGACUAUUGAAUGUACUCGCAGAUCAGCUGUCGGAUGAUCAGGAUUGCAAGCAUUCGUUAGCAAGCACUGUAAUUAAAAACUUGUGA